GCAAAGCGGCAAACUCGUCUUCUUCGUCGAACUAAAGUCGAAACUCGAUUGCCAUGGAGGAAUUCGCUAUACAGGAUCCAACUCAGUUACUAGGCGCAGCUUCGGAGUUCGCAUAUUAUCCUGGCGUUCAGACCGACACUUCAACGAAGGAAUUCCUCGAUCGGUUUCCUCUUCCUGUCAUAAUCAAUGCUUUACAAUGCAAAAGGGAUGUUCCUGGUCUAGAAAGCACUUUGGUUGCUUGUUUAGAAAGGAUAUUCAGAACAAAAUAUGGCACCUCUCUUAUUCCACACUAUAUGUCUUUUGUACAAGUUGGCUUACAAGCAGAAUCUCAAUUGGUCAAAUGUCUAGCUUGUAAAACAGUUUCGUAUCUUCUGGAGAAUGUCGGCAGAGGUGCUGGCUUUGGUGCACAGCUUGUUCUUGACUAUGAUGUGUAUCCGCUUCUGCUUGAUUGCCUGAUUAAUGGCGAUGAAAAUGUUGCAGCAGCUUCUAUGGAUGCCAUAAAGAAUUUGGCUAGUUCUCCUGAGGGCAUGGAUAUCAUCUUUCCAGCUAAUAACGAUGAAGAUACACACCUCAGAAAUUUAGCAGCUCGUUCUUCAUCAGUGGGACGCAUUCGGGUGUUGGCUUUGAUAGUUAAAUUAUUCUCCAUUUCUAGUUCUGUGGCAUCAGCAGUUUGCAAUUUAAAUCUCCUUAGUUUAUUAGAGGCAGAAAUCAGCAACCAAAAUGACAUGCUUAUGACAUUGAGUGUUUUAGAGCUCAUCUAUGAGCUGGCAGAAGUCCCACAUGUUACCCAGUUCCUCUCAAGAACCACUCUUCUUCAGAUACUGGCUAUGAUGAUCAGCAACACAUUGGUUGAAUCAAUUUUAAGAUCAAGGGCAAUUAUGAUAAGUGGAAGGAUCCUUUCCAAGGAGGACAUUUUCAUGUCCGUUGAUGAAUCAACUGUUAAAACUGCUCUUUUGGCAAUUGAUGAAAGAUUGAAGACAUUGGAAAGUCAAGAUGCAGAUGAAUGUGAGAGUGCUCUUGAAGCAUUGGGUCAGAUUGGUUCUUCAAUUCAUGGAGCUGCUUUGCUACUCUCAAGUUCAUCACCUAUUGCAAAACAUGUUGUUGAUGCAGCUUUUGACAGGCAUGGACGAGGUAAACAGAUGGCUGCGUUACAUGCUCUCGGAAGCAUUGUAGGAGAAAAUCGACCGGAGGACCACAAAAUGCUAAAUGAUGAUGUAGAAGAAAAUCUGCGGCACUUGAUCUAUGAAACAGCAGCCAAGAGUCCAAAGAUUACACCAUCAGGUCUAUUUCUAUCAACUCUGCAGCAGGACUCGGAAAUUCGUUUGGCGGGUUAUAGGUUAAUAACUGGCCUGGUGGCUCGACCAUGGUGCUUGAUAGAGAUUUGCUCGAAACAGGAGAUCAUAAGUAUGGUGGCUGAUGCGCAUAUUGAAUCUGCAAAGAAGGGUAUGGAAGCCCGAUACAGUUGUUGCAAGGCUAUUCACAAGGCUUUAUUAGCUUCUAAUAAACUCAGCAGUGAUCCUGCUCUAACUGCAAUAGCUUCAAAGGUGCAGGAAGCUGUUAGAAGGGGUCCUUAUCUCACUAGAGAGCAGGCUGAAGCUCAGCCUGUUGUCGUGACAGCAGAAAGAUUAUAGAUUCACGGCAAGAAUUGUAGCAGAUAAGGUUUUGUGGAGAUUUGCUUUGGUAAGCCGUUGGUUCCUAUUGUAGUAU